GCCGUGACAGCGGGGAGAGGAUGGAGGACGCAGGUGGUGCUGUCCCCGCAUGCUGCUCCACGGGAAGCAAGAACCCGAGGGAAGAGAGGGAGCCAGGGCCUCAGAGCCCAGCCUCCCCCCUGUAGGCUCCUCUGUGGUGAGUCUUCCCGAGGCACAUGGAAUGUGGGAGUCCAUCCCUCAGCUGCCCUGCACCUGGCAGCUGGAUGCGCAGGGGCACCCCCUCAGGUUGGGGGAGGCAUUCUCACCCAGCAGAGCUGAAGUUCUGUCACUUCCUGUCACUGGGGGGUAGUGAGACGAGUUACCAGGGUAACCAGCGGAAAUAAAUCUUGUCUGGGUAGAAUCAAGGGCAGUGUUGUUGCCAGGGCAACUGAUUAGAUCAGGUGUUUGGCUCGGGGCUUUUCCUGGUACCCAGCAGGGUAAAUCACCUGGCAUUGAUGACCAACCCACUGGACCGUGGUUGCUCACCCAGGGCCCAUGCUCCUAUCCCUGCUACUUCCUGCUUUGUCUUGACCCAGCCUUUAGGGGUUCAGUGACACAAGAUGGUCUGGAGCUGUUCUCUGUGACAGCGGCUAUGAUUUCACAAGGCCUGGGGUGCUGCAAGGUGGACUGGUUGGUGGGAAUUAGAAGGAUGGAUAUGAAGAGACCCUCCCGUGGGGUAGCUUCAAAUCAAGGCUGGGGAGUAAAGGCUCCAGGCAGGCUCACAGCAGGUACAUGGGCCUGUGAGUGCCCUGCUUCUCGAGGCAGCACCAGGACUAGGAAGCGGAGAGGCCUGAAGGUGUCUUUUGUGUCCCUGCAACUUCGCACGUGGCACAUAUGUCAAGGCCACACUGGAGGCCAUGGCCUUGAACAUACUUCCAGUUGUGAUGUCCACUUCAGGAUCUACCAGACCUGCCUCUCCCUAGACAACAUCCAUCAGAGGUGGAGGCUGCAGCUGGCCCCCUCUGGCACCUGCUGCAGCUGUACCACCUCUCUGGCACCUGCAGAGGCUGCAGCUCACAGGGAGGCACCUAGAGCAGGCCUUGGGCAUCGCCUGCCCCCUGGCCAGAUGCUCAUCCUCACAAUGCCAGGUAGUAUUCUGCAUCACACUUUGAACACACCCCUUAAAGCUGUUCAAGGAUCUUAGCCUCCCUGCACAUUACACCAUUGUCUUCUCCAGUAUUCCAGCUCAUAGACCAGCCCCUUCCUUCCAUGCCUGGAAAGUGGAGGAGCGUGGGUGGGAAACCCAGCCCUCCCUGCUCAGGCUUACUUGGCCCACGGACUAGCCUGAGGAAAAGAAUCAGGAGGCUUUGCUUCAGUACUGCUGCUAUAGCUCCUUCCUCACCCUACAGUACCACCUCUAAUAGGGGCUACAGUCACCCUCUUCCUCUCCCAAACCCUCAGCUCCCCUACUUCAGAUAAACUACCUCCCACAACAGUGGUAUGGUAAGGUCCUCUAAGACCCCCACCCACGUGUCAGCUGCCAGUUUGUCUCACAGAGUGUGCACUGACCAGCGCCAUCACCUCCAACAUGAGCGGGUGGUCCUUGGAAGGAUCAGAAGUGGGGUGUCAAAAUGUCUGAAUUCCAGCCCCAUUUCAAACGUCUGGGGGAUGCGAGGGGUAAAGGGCACCUCCCUCAGUGCAGCGAGUCUACAUAAUCAGAGCAUCCAGCUGGCCUGGGCAGCCUUCCUUUUGAACAGUGAUGGCGGGGAGGGGCCGAGGACACUAGUGCAGCAAGAGGGAAGGGCCCCUGAGAGAGGGUCUCUACAUCCUUCAGUGAUUGGGACCCCGGUGGGUAGGGUCCGCACCAGACCAACACAGAAAUUAACUCCUCCCAAGACACCUGCUAUCGGCCCUAACCCCGCAGAGAAACUAAACCUCUAGUCCCUCUGAAAUCCGCAUGGCCCAAAGCUCGGCGGCCCUGGCUCCCAGAAUUACAUGGGAAGGAAGAGAACAGAGCCAUUCAUGGGUGGGAAGCGGGGGACCCGGGUGCCCAGAGCCCAAGUGGGGAGCGGCGGGCACCGCUGUAAGGAUGACCAGGCUCAGCGGUCCGCCCACCCCCAGGACCCACCAGCGUGUUCACCGCAGACGUGGCUCCCUCCACACGCGCCUCCCCUCGCUGCUUUCUUGGCAAUCAGCUCAGAUCACUCCCCGGCUCCUGCGAAAGCCCACCCACGGUGUGGGGUGGGGUUAGGCACAGGCCGCCUCUCCUGGACUUCCCCACUCAAACUCCACUCCCACCGCCGGGGCGCGCGAGGGUUAACCUCGGGGGGUGGGGACUUCGGCGCGAUCCCCGCUAGGAGGGAGGGGAGAGGCGGGGAGGCCGUCGGAGCCCCGGGUAUCUCAGGCCACCGGGCGCCACUGGGGCACACGCUGCGCGCAGCGAGGGACCAAACGAAGUUGGGAGCAGGAGAGAGACGCGGAGUUUCCAGACGGGUCAAGACGCCGCCCCCGUCCCCGGGGACCGCUCUUUCUACCCCGCCUCUGCCAGCCCCUCCCCAGCCGUCCCAGCCCCUUGCUCCGGCCACCUGAUUGCUUUGGGCAAGAAUGAAGCCCGGAGACCCCACGACUACCCCGGAGGCCCAGUCGGCCGCCGUGGCUCUGGGUCCGCCGCGGCCCUGGGUCUGCCCGGCUGACGUGCGGCUCUGCGGCCACCUGAGGAAGCAGAAGUCCCAGCGCCGCCGCUUUUUUGUGCUCCGCGCCGACCCGCCGCGCCUCGAAUGUUACGAGAGCGAGAAGAAGUUCCGCGCCGGCCGAACGCCGCCCAAGUUCAGCGUGAGCCUGGGGGGCGCCUGCACCAUCAGCAAGCGCAUGGACGCGCGCCAGCGCCACCUGAUCGUCCUGUACACGCGCGACCGCAGCCUGGGCGUGGCGGCGGCCAGCGAGGCGGAGCAGCAGGCGUGGUACAGCGCCCUGCUCGAGGCGCGCGCCGCCGCCGGUCCCAGUUCCCCCGAGGACCCCGGGGCCUGGAUCCUCGCUCCGUUUCAGGACGUCUGGCCUGUGACUCUGCGACCCAAGGGGCUGGGGCGGGCACGAGGCCUGGGCAGCGGCGGCUACUGCCUGUGCCUGGGUUCCGGGGUACUGACCCUGCUGCGGAAGCCAGGGGGCAGAGGCUCCGGGGCCACCGGGGCAUCUCCGCCGCCGGCUCUGCGCCUGUCCCUGCUCAGCGUGCGCCGCUGCGGCCACGCAGACUCUUUUUUUUUCCUGGAGCUCGGCCGUUCGGCACCCACGGGUCCCGGGGAGCUCUGGCUACAGGCGCCCGACGCCGUGGUGGCCCAAAGCAUUCACGAGGCCGUCCUGGCCGCCAUGAAGCGAACCGGGGACACUGGUGCUGUUGGCAGGGCUGAGCCACUGCCAAGAAAACCCCCAACGGGGGCCUUCAGACCCUCUGCCCCCCAAUCUUAUGAGACCCCAGACUCUGCGGCCCAAACAAGCGAGCUGAACCGUCGGGAUGGCCCGAGUGAGACCAGCGAGCAAGCAACCAAGACCCUGGCAAGGGUGGAGGAGGCAGCCUCCAACCCCGUGAGGUUGGAGCGGGGCGGGGGCUACAUAACAAUGGGAGCCGGGAGUGACUACGAGCCCAUGAAGGGCGGCCAAGCCGGCGGCUACGUGGUGAUGGAGCCCCCGGGCCUUCCGGCCUCCACCAAAGCAGCUUCUCGCCAGCCGCUCCAGGAUGGAGGGGUCACUGAAUACGUGACCAUGAGCUGCUGUGCACCACGGUCCUUUUCCUCAAGUUUCUUGCCUCUUUCCUCCGGGGCCGGGGAGCCUGGACCCGGGCUCCAAGGCGCUCCUCUCAGCAUCAGAGACGGCUGGGGACGGGCUGGGGCUCAGCCCUGCUUGCAGCCGCCGUCAGAGUUAGCCGGGGAAUACGUGUGCAUUGAGUAUGCGGCCGCGGACUACAUAGGAAUGGGCACUGCCAUCCCGGAGCCCCCAGACCGUGGCCUCAACUACGUCGACCUGGAUCUGGUCCCUCCCCUGGAGGUGCGAGGCCACGCCCCCGGGGCCAGGCCCCGCCCACACAGCUACGCUCGGCUGGAGUUCCAGAACCUCGCGGACACCCGGAGUUCCUGCAGCAUCACUCCAGACUCUCAAGUCCGCUUUGGCCCCCCACCCUGCCCCUGACGAUGACAGUAUCGAUGAUGCAAAAGACAUACAGACCUGGCCCUCCCCCCACCCACCUGCAGGUUUGCCGGGUGUAUGCCAGUCCUGGGACUCCAGCGCAAGAGGGAUGAGAGCACCAGGUAUCUUACACUAGUGCCCCCACCGCCCCCCUCCCCGGCCAAAAUGAUGACACCCCCUUACUCCCUACUCCCUAGUUUACUUCUCCCAAUUCCAGCUCUGUGCUCAGACAAUCCUCCUUCUCCCAGGCCUGGCAAAGCUGAGGGAGCCCUUGCUUCUAAUGUAUUCAGUCUAGUCUAGAGUAAUAUUCUGUACACUCCCCCUCUUCAUUAAAAUUUCCCUGCUUGGUCAGCCUGGAAAGGUCUUAGGUCCAUAGGUUCCC